GGUUGUAAUUGGCGUUUGCUCAAAGUUGUCAACUUUUUAUAGAUAAAUUCCUUCGUUAUUUCGCGAUGGACUGCGGAAAAGGCGAGGCCGUUAUGGAAUGUGAGGAUGUUUCAAGAGAAUGUAAUAAUUGCAGGAAAAGGUAAUCGUGUGAACGAUGCCGGAAAACGUAGAGCUUCAGCAGCUUGUCGACGAGGAACUCGAAGACGACGCCAGUAGCCAGCCGAAACGCAGCCUAUGCAACUGCCCAUACCUAGGACUGAUACUAGCAACCCUAAGCUCCCUUUUCUUCUCGCUUUGCUCCGUGAUCGUAAAAUGGAUGACCGACGUCGAUCCGAUCGCUUUGGCCGCCUACCGCUACAUCGGCGUUCUCCUGCCCGCCAUACCGAUCCUAAUCUACAAGCAGGAGUACGUCUUCCCGAAGGGGAAACGCAUCAUGCUGCUGCUGCGCUCGUUCACCGGUACGGCGGCGCUCAUGCUGAGCUUCUACGCGUUCCGGCACAUGCCGCUGGCGGACGCGUCGGUGAUCGUCUUCUCGGUGCCCGUGUUUACGGCGGUCUUCGCGCGCAUGUUCCUGAAGGAGCCGUGCGGCGUCUUUAGCGUAUUUUCGGUUAUUUUGACGCUGAUCGGCGUCGUGUUCAUCACGCGGCCGCCUUUGCUGUUCAGCGAGACCGUGGACGCGCUGGGCAGCUCGAGCGAGAAGUCCGAGAUUUGGGGUGCGGUCGCCGCGUUCUCGGCGACGCUGUUCGGCGCGAGCGCGUACGUGCUGUUGAGGGCGCUGAAGGGUAUACACUUCUCUGUGAUCAUGACUAACUUCGGGUCGUUCGCGUUGGUCCAGUGUCUUUUGGUGACGUGGAUUAUCGGCGGACUCUGCGUGCCACCGUGCGGGACCGAUCGGUACUUGAUAGUCGCCUUGGCUCUCUUCAGCUUCGGCGGGCAGAUACUGCUGACCGUCGCGCUGCAGAUGGAGCAAGCCGGUCCGGUCGCGAUCGCGCGCAGUAGUGAUAUCGUGUUCGCUUUCAUUUGGCAAGUUUGGUUUUUCGACGAGGUACCAAAUAAGUACUCGGUCGGUGGAGCGUUCCUAGUCAUGACUUCAGUCAUACUGACUGCUCUCCGCAAGUGGGUUCUCGCUCUGCCCGAUAACGCUAGCUUAAAAACCAAACUUAAUAUCUUAUCAAAGUAGACCCGACUGAUUAUUGCAGCUAUAUCGGUUUAUUCUAGUCAGCUUCAUUUUGAUUCUUGUGAUUUGCCUAGUCGUUCUGGAUGAGAGUCUUGGGGGGCCAAAAGAAUUUUGUUUCUAGUUGACAGGCACAAUUGACAUAUCUGUCAAUUGAUGCAAUUGACAUCUGUCAUUAGAACAACUAAAAUAGGAAGACAUAUCUAUCAAUUGCUGCGAAUGUCACAGACAGAUGUGUCAAUUACUGCGAAUGUGACAGCUAGACCUGUCAGUUACUGAGAAUGUGACAGAUAGAUCUGUCAUUUACUGCAAAUCUGACAGAUGUGUCAAUUGCUGCGAAUGUGACAGAUAGAUCUGUCAUUUACUGCGAAUCUGACAGAUAGAUGUGUCAAUUUAAGAAAAAAAUUGCCUAUGGCCCUUUCAACUCCUUCCUAGUUUUGGAUGUAAUCGUACUGUGAAAAUUAGAUCGAUAAAAAUAUUUUUUCAUCAAUCUAAUCGUAUGUAUUCGGCGUCCUUUGAAAUUGUGACACAGUAUUAUCUUCUCUUGCAGGGUUAGGAUAUGUCUAACUCGUAAAUUCUAAAUACUCCUAGGAUUAGUAUUCAUGUUCACUACUACCGUAACACGGCGCAAUAAAAUUGGUGCAGCGUUCCGUUUUGAAAAUAAGCGAUGGCGUGGAGUACUGUGUAAAAUGAAGUGGACGAAGUCGUCGUAUUGCACAGUUACUCCAUCUGUUAAACACUGUCUAGAUGAAGGUCUUAUUCUGUGGUCUAGAAGUAGAUUAUUGAUUGUUUGGUUUAAUCAUUACAUAUGUAUUUUUGUGUAAAAUGUUUUGUUUGUUUGCUCUAAUCAAUAAAUUUGUUUAUAAAUAACGA